AAAUCGAUUGCUUUAUUUAUCUCUUUCGCCCUAAAAAGCGAAGCCGCGUUAUUUUCAACUCUCAGGCUCCAACCCGCGCACAUUCAACUCAAGGUCGUGCCAUCACCUUGGGAUUCUCGGUAAAUCCUCGGCGAUUGACAUUAUCUUCAACUUGAGAGAGUUCCGAAUGGAUUUUGAUGAAUAUGAAUACUUAGAGAAAACAGUUGAAAACCCAGAAGCGCAGAAAGCCAAGGAAACUGCAAAUGGUGGUAAUGAGACUGUGAAAUCUGAUGUGAGGGAGAAUAAUCGUAGUCGUGUUUCAAAGCAUAGGAGCAAUGGGAAAGAUGACAAGGAUGAUGAACGUCGCGGGUCUAAGCGCUCAAAAUCAGAAGAUGAAUCUCGUGACCGUGUCCGACAUAAGGAGAGAGGGUCAUCUCGUCACCACUCACCAUCUAGAGAUGGUGAGAGAGAGCGACACAAAAGUAGCCACGAACAUAGGGACAGGGAGAAAGAUAAGGACAUGGAUGAGAGAAAGAGUAGAGACAAAGUCCGUGAUCAUGAUCGUUAUCGAGAUAGAAAGGACCGUGGCCAUGAUAGCGAAAAAGAGAGAGAGAGGGAGACAGAACGGUCACGUCGAAGCAGAAGUCGGUCAGAAAGGCAUCGAAGUGAUUUGGAUGAAAAAGAAAGAGAGAGGAGUCAUGACAAAGAGCUUAGAGAAAGGGAGAGGGAAAAGGAGUUCAGGGAACGGGACAGAGAAAGCAGGCGGAAAAAGGAAGAAGUGUCGGAGCCGGUGAUUGAUCCUGAAAGGGAUCAAAGGACAGUGUUUGCUUAUCAGAUUUCUCUGAAGGCGGACGAAAGAGAUGUGUAUGAAUUUUUCUCUAGGGCGGGAAAGGUGCGAGAUGUACGCCUUAUAAGUGAUCGGAAUUCUAGGCGUUCUAAGGGAGUUGGGUAUAUAGAGUUCUAUGAUGCAAUGUCAGUCCCCAUGGCAAUAGCACUUUCUGGGCAGCCUCUUUUUGGCCAACCAGUAAUGGUGAAACCGUCAGAAGCUGAAAAGAAUCUUGUUCAGUCAACUGCAUCUACUGCUGGAGCAUUGGGUGGUGGUACCGGUCCCUAUUCAGGUGGGGCCAGGAGACUCUAUGUUGGAAAUUUGCAUACCAACAUAACUGAAGAUCAACUUCGGCAGGUUUUUGAGCCAUUUGGUAUUGUGGAGUUGGUGCAGUUGCCUCUUGAUGAAAGUGGGCAUUGCAAGGGUUUUGGAUUUGUGCAGUUUGCACGUCUUGAAGAUGCUAGAAGUGCUCUGAAUUUGAAUGGACAAGUAGAGAUUGCAGGUCGGAUGAUUAAGGUGUCAACAGUAACUGAUCAACCUGGAAUUCAAGAUGUUGCAACAAAUACCGGUGAUCUCGAUGAUGAUGAGGGUGCUGGCUUGUCGCUGAAUGCACGUUCUCGAGCACUUCUCAUGCAGAAGUUGGAUCGCACUGGCACUGCAUCAAGUAUAACUGGUUCACUAGUUACCCCUGUUAUCAAUACUGUCGGCAUUACUCUACCCACAACACCUAUCCCUGCUGUUUCUCCUCUUGUUACUCCAAUUGUACAGGGUGUCAUUCCUUCUGUUGCUGGACUUCCAGGCGCUGCUCUCCAACUCCCUAGUGUUACAGUGCCAUCUGUUGAUACGAUUGGCAACCCAAGUGAAUGUCUCUUGUUGAAAAAUAUGUUUGAUCCAACAGCAGAGACGGAACCAGACUUUGAUUUGGAUAUCAAAGAAGAUGUUGAAGAAGAAUGUUCAAAAUUUGGACAUUUGAAGCAUGCGUAUGUAGACAAGAACACUGCUGGUUUUGUAUAUGUCAGAUUUGAUAAUACACAGUCUGCAAUGAAUGCACAACGUUCUCUCCAUGGAAGAUGGUUUGCUGGAAAGAUGAUAACUGCAACAUUCAUGACAGCCCAGACCUACGAGGCUAAAUUCCCCGAAAGCAAAUAGGAGCCCCCGGAGUUUGAAUGUGCAAUGUCUGAAGGAGGAGUUCUGCGCUUAUAUUGCUAACCCCUGUAAUAUUUUGGUGGUUGUAAUGAGCCGGUCAGUUUGCCAGAAGAAGUCGUCAGCUUCAAGUGUCGCUUUGAUUGUUUUCGCCAUGAAAGCCUAAAAGUUAAAUUAAAGUGUUCCACACAUUAUAUGCAAUCUGUAAGCAUUUGUUGCUCCCCUGUAUUCUCUCCAAAUUGCUUUUAUUUUGAGCACAUUGUUGGUAGAAUUGAAUCUGAGCCUAAUGUGCUGAUUCACAUACUGGAAGUGGAUUUUAUGAAACAAUUUUUUGCUCUAAAUAAGUGGGUUUGAUGAGUA